CGCGCCGCCCCCGCCCGCCGGGCUUUGACGACCCAUUUCGCAGCGGCGGUGCCCGGCGCUGACAGCUCGGCCCGGCCCGGCGGAGAGUGCAGGGAGCACGCAGGGCGCCGGGCGCCCACCCUCCAGGCACGACGGAAGGCGGCCGGAGGCGCCGCGCCGGACCCCGCACCCCCGGCGGGCAGUCCCGAGGACUCAUUUCAUCAUGACCUCUUGUGAAGAAGCUGAAACUGAAGAAACAGUAACAUGUCUCCACAUGACUUUUUACCAUCCUUGCCAAGAAGACAAGAUGAUGUUUCGUUGCCUGAAUUUCUGUAAGCGAGAGCAGGUCAGGGCAGAUGAAAUGGCUAAGUUCGGCCGUGAUUCUAACAUCUGCCGUUAUAACUUAAUGGAUUCUCGUGUUUCUCGGAUUCAGUUUUCUUUGCAGUUUUACAGAAAACUUAACAGCUCAGACUUUUGUUUUGAGAUAAAGAACAUGAGCAAGAAAACGAAGCUGAUUGUGGACCACACAGAACUGGGUUACUUGAACAAAAUUGACCUGCCAUGGAAGUGCAUCAUUUGUUUUGGGGACUACCAGAUCUUAACAGAGAUGCAAGAAGGGGAGUCUAUGGAUUAUUUUGAGACUUACUUACACUUGGCUCAAAUGCCACUCUUACAAGAAAGAUGCCUGCCAUCGCUGCAACCUGUACCUGAGACUGGCGUUUUCCCUUCUUUGUUUCUUUCCCAAGACAAAAGCCCGACAGAGAUUGAUGAAAAUGAGUCAUACUAGGUGGGAAAAGGAGGCUGGAUCAGAUUUUGAACAUACGAAACCUGCACAACUUCAGGAUCUGAAAUCAUGUAGUCCUUAUUCCUGUUAUGUCAGUCCUCUUAGCCUUUGCUCUCAGGGUGGGUGCACCAGAACUUAGUUGCUUCAACAAAAACAGGCUCCUGCCCCUGUCCUUUCUCGGGCAUGUGUGCUGUCUCAUCACCACUGUAGGUCACAUCAGCAUGGGGGAGACCCCAGUUUAUGUGGCCACGAAAGUCCACAGAAGCAGAUUCAAUUCAAGAACCAGGCCACAUGCUCCAGAAAUAUAUUCAACAGCGCUCAUACAGAGUGCGCAGAACAGCGUUUUAGCCCCAACACUGGGUAGCUGAGUAGGGAUGUAGUCUCUUGUUGCGUUUGUUGUAUUUUGUGCUGUUUUUGACAUUAAGUUCUGAUCAGUAUUUUCAAGUCUAGAUCAUAACUUCCCAGGUUUUACAGCUUAGAAACACUUUGUCAGCAUCAUCCUUUUUACUUACUUAUCUUUUUUUAUUAUUAUUAUUAACUUUGCAGAAGUUUCUCUUCCAUUUUUACAAUGGAUUAAAAAAUAAAUAUUUUUGCAAUUUAA